GGUCUUCUUCCCCGCGUGAGGGGCGGGGCUGCGACUGCGCGCUCGCGCGCCGGGCGGCUUCCGCGGCGGCCGUUGGCCGUGAGCGCGGCUUGGGUGGUUGUCUUGGAGAAGCAAGAUGGCGGCGACUACCGCCGCGGUGGUGGCGGAGGAGGACACGGAGCUGCGCGACCUGCUGGUGCAGACGCUGGAGAACAGCGGCGUGCUGAACCGCAUCAAGGCUGAACUCAGGGCGGCUGUGUUUUUAGCACUAGAAGAACAAGAAAAAGUAGAGAACAAAACUCCUUUGGUCAAUGAGAGCUUGAAGAAGUUUUUAAAUACAAAAGAUGGUCGUUUAGUGGCUAGUCUCGUCGCAGAAUUUCUACAGUUUUUUAAUCUUGACUUCACCUUGGCUGUUUUCCAUCCUGAAACUAGCACAAUUCAAGGUCUUGAAGGUCGAGAGAACUUAGCCCGGGAUUUAGGCAUCAUUGAAGCAGAAGGUACUGUGGGUGGACCCUUAUUAUUAGAAGUGAUUAGGCGCUGUCAACAGAAAGAAAAAGGACCUACCAGUGUGGAAGGUGCACUGGAUCUGUCUGAUGGACAUCCUCCAUCAAAGUCACCUGAAGGAAAAACAAGUGCAAACUCCACCCCAAGUAAGAAGACCAGCAGUGAGACCAGUCAGAGUGAGCCAAGUAUCUCCUUGUCAGAGUCCAAGAGUAAAAGCAGUCUGCACUCACUGGCCCAUGAAACAAGAAUUGCAUCUUUCUUAAGCAGCAGCACUGUAGAUGCCAAAGACAAAAGUGCUGUUUGUCCAGAUGAAGAUGAUGUGGAAGGAGAUUCUUUCUUUGAUGAUCCCAUUCCUAAACCAGAAAAAACCUAUGGUUGGAGAAGUGAACCUAGGAAGCAAGCGGGAGGUCUGGCCUCACUGUCUGACAAACCCCACCCCCACUUAAGGAGCGGCCUCAGCUCCCUGGCAGGAGCCCCUUCACUAACAGAUCCUGACAGUAAAAGGGGAAACAUGGUCCUGAAGGAUCUAAAAUUGGUUGGUGAGAAAAUUGGAUCACUCGGGCUAGGGACUGGAGAAGAUGAGGACUAUGUUGAUGAUUUUAAUAGUGCUAGCCAUCGCUCAGAAAAAAGUGAGCUAAGUAUUGGUGAAGAAAUUGAAGAAGAUCUUUCCAUGGGAGUAGAGGACGUGAACACCAGUGAUAAACUCGAUGACCUCACACAAGACCUGACUGUUUCCCAGCUCAGCGAUGUCGCUGACUAUCUGGAAGACGUUGCAUAGACAGGAAAAGGAAGUAUUCUGAUCAACAGGACAAACGACUCAUUGGCUCCGUUUUCCUCAGUCACUCUUGCUGGAAUGUCCGCUCCUGCUGGUGCCUUGCACUUCAAAAAGACUGCAGAUAUUUUUAAAAGUUAACUUUUCAGUUUAGUAAACAAAUACUUCCUAUAUGAGCCCAUGUCUAGGAGAUUUAAUAUUCUUAAUUUGGUUUAGCUGCAUAUCUCCAAGGAAAUCAUCUGUAGUCAGGCUCAUUAUAGCAAGGGAACCCUGAAAUAUCAGUGUUAAAGAGCAGAAAGAGGGUCAGUACAGCCAUGGUUUGUGCCAUUGUGUGUCUGUGGCUGCUCCAGGAAUCUUUGAAACCUUAGCGUUAGCCAUUGAGAGCUCACCCACUUAAGUGUGUAUCAGGUGGGUUAGCCCAGAGCUGGUGAGCUAAUCUGGUAAGUCAGUGAUGCUUAAAGAGUAUCAGUACAAUUAAAUUGGAUCUGUGAACUUUAUUUUGUAUCUCCUUCCAUUUGGAAGGUUUGUUAGACCAUUAAGGUUAUAUUAAAGUACUCUGUACUAUUAGUUUUGCUUGUUUUAAACUAGAAAGGGUUAGUACUCUUAAUUCAUAGACUUGUCAAUAACAGUUACCAGUUAAGAUCACGUUCUUCCUGCUGUCUGUAAGCAGCUGUAGUCACAUAUUACUUCAUUACAGUCGUAAUUUAUUAUUUCUAAAAAUGCCUUGAAAUAUUCAAUACCAAAAUGCAUCUGAAACCAUUAAGCAGUGCUUUCAUUUCAGAUCUGUAAGUUGAUUAUAUUUAAAUCCAAAUUGGAGUGAAAUAGUAGUGAUGGCCUAAGACCAUGUUUAUUCAGUUUGACAAACUUUGUAUACUGUACAUAAUUGUAUACUGUACAUAAUUGCAUUGUAGUCCUUUAAAAAUAAAGCCAAUAAUAGAAUUUUUGGCAGAUUUAAUUUUCACCAUUGUAUGUAGUGCUUCAGAGAUACAGGCCACUGGCAUCUGUAAUGCUCAAGUAUUUAAAAUGUGCAGAUAGAAACUCAGCCCAGUACUUGCACAGUCAUACCACUAAACAUUGGGAGUACAUGAAACUUAGAUGUAUUUUAUUUCAAUUAUGACUAUUAAAAGCCACCUUUAUUAUUAAAAAGAGAAAUUGGAAAUCAUUGAUCCAUGUUAAGUGAGUGAGCAGGUGCUGUGGUUUGUAUCAGUGCCACCUUCCAGACUACGGUUGCCUAAGCACAGUGACAUUUAUCGGGUCGGGUCGUAAGUGUAGAGGAAAUGAAAAUGUAGUAAAACUUGGGCUCUGACAGUAGAGUCUGGCUUUUUAAAGCUUAAGUGAAACUGAGCUAUAAUAGUCAUCAGGAGGAGGAAGUGGGGCAGAGACAGCAGGCGGCCUGGAAGCCCCCACACGGCGCUCGCUGCCUGCUUCUCAUGCUUUACUCAGGAGCAGCAGUGGAUGGGGAUGCUGAGUGCUUGUCAGAAACUGCACUGCCCUGUGUCAUCUCUUCAGUACUGUGGGAAAGCCCUGGAGCUGCCGAGCCUCGUGUCUGGAUCAGAUGUGUGGUUUAACACUUGGUAGGCACUACAGUCAGUGAACUGACCUGCAAGCAUGGCAGGAUGUGGCUUUUUAUAUUUGAGGAAGACUUUCCAACAGUCAAAUGUGAAAUUUGUCACUUUCUAUUAUGUUCCAGUGACUGACCUUUUGGUAAGUCUUGAGAGGGUGGAAAGAAAAAGCCAAACUGCAACUUCGUGGUCAGCACUACAUGCAGAUAAGAUAUUGAAUACUUCUUUUAAAAAAAAAAAUGUGAAAUUCACCAGGGAAGAAGUGGUAUUCCUUGCUUAGAUAUUGUUAACCUGUUAAACCUUAGUGUGUGAAGUGACAGAUUCUGCAUGUAAGAAAUGCUUCUUUGAAAAGUGAAUUAAAAUGUUGGCCGGCAGUAAUCUA